UUAUGAGAACCCGGAUUCAAUACGCGGAGAAAACUUAAAACGUCGAGAUAAAUCAAUAUUUCUAUAUAAAGUAUAUAAAAUUCUUUACAGUUUGAAUCAAAUUUCCUUUGAUUUCUGCCUCCAUUUGCCAUAAAGGAAUUUAAAACAACGAAUGUAAUCGUCAUGGCUCGAAGCAAAUAAACAAUAUAUGGAUUUAGAUAUGAGCUAUUGUACUGGAAGUCGUAGCUGGAGCAUAAAAAAAUUGGUUUUAAGAGUUGACAAAACAGUGAAACUUAUCCUAACACCGAUACGGAAGUUUGCUUAAAGAAAACAAGCACAACGGGAAACAAAGUGAUUGGCCCACCUAUAGGUCAUUGCAUGAGGAUUAACUUAUUGUCGAUGGCAAAAUGGAUAACGAACAACCCCAUCAAGAACUUGUCAAAUGUGUGCUUGUAGGCGACACUGCAGUUGGGAAAACAAGGCUCAUUUGUGCCCGUGCUUGCAAUAAACAUGUCUCUCUCUCCCAGCUACUAUCCACACAUGUACCUACUGUCUGGGCAAUUGAUCAGUAUCGUAUUUACAAAGACGUACUGGAACGUUCAUGGGAGGUGGUUGACGGAGUAAACGUUUCUUUACGACUAUGGGACACUUUCGGCGACCAUGAUAAAGAUAGACGUUUUGCUUAUGGACGUUCCGACGUUGUAUUGCUAUGUUUCUCAAUAGCAAGUCCCAUAUCACUGCGCAAUUGUAAAGCUAUGUGGUAUCCAGAAAUACGAAGAUUUUGUCCAGAUGUUCCAGUCAUAUUAGUUGGAUGUAAAAAUGACUUGCGGUAUAUGUAUAGAGAUGAGACAUAUCUCUCAUAUUUUGGAGAAAGGAGUACCUUCGUGAGGGCCGCUCUUAAGAGUGAUUUAGUGAUGCCGGACGAAGCUCGUGCCGUUGCUAGAGAAUUGGGUGUGUCGUACUACGAAACUAGUGUUUUCACUUAUUUCGGUGUUAACGAGGUUUUUGAAAACGCCAUCCGGUCUGCAUUAAUAGCUAGACGUCAGCAGCGAUUUUGGAUGACCAACCUUAAAAAAGUGCAAAAACCCAUGCUGCAAGCUCCAUUUAGGCCACCUAAGCCACCACCGCCAGAAGUAACGGUAGUUGUGGGCAAUUACCGGCAGGAUAUGUACAAUAUGUUUCUUGCCCAAACGUAUACUGAUCUCAUUCUCGUUGUGGGCUCAACUAAAUUUCCCGUGCACAAGUUUAUGGUUGCUACUGCUUCAAAUGUAUUCAACCGAGUACUAAAUAUCGAAAUCUCCGAUAUGGGCGGUCGAAGUAGUAGCGAGUCCAGCAUGGUUAGUUCCACAUUCGGCGAAGCUACUACGGCUGAUUUUAACGACGAUACUGAAUGUUUACUGAUACGUAACGAAUCCCGAGCACAAAGAAUGUGGGAACAAAUAAAGCGCCGUUCAAGCUAUCAGGCGUUACCCCUUAUCGAAACAAAACGUCCUGUUGAACUUUACAAAGAUUUGCAUCAUCCAGUUUUUCAGAACAUUCGUGUGGUCCAAGUUGAAAACGCCAGAGGAAUUCAUUUUAACCAAACAAUUCUAACACUAACAAAGCUUAUCACACCACAGGCGUUGCACCAAUGUCUUAAAUUUAUAUAUACAGGAACAAUCGAUAUAUACAAUAUAGAGGAUAUCAAACAGGCUGCAGAAUUAUUGGAACUAUCUCAACUAUCCCAUUUGUUAUCCAAGCCAUGUGUGAACGAAGAACAAAAUACUCAUAUUUGUUUGAGCAUUAAGGAAAGUAUGGAGAAGCAUUGCGUAGGUGAUGGUAUUUUUACAGAUAUCACUUUUGAAUUGGACGAUGAGGGGCAAAUGAAAGCGCAUCGGGCAAUCAUGGUUGCCAGAUGUGAUGUUAUGAGAGCCAUGCUGGCGGGGGACUUCCGUGAAGCUCAUUCCAGUGUGAUUGUUUUUCCUGGUGUUACUGCCUACACAUUCCACAAACUACUAUGCUAUUUGUAUACGGAUGAAAUACCGCAUAUAUCUGCUGUUAAAUGUCUAAACCUGUUGGAGUUAGCCAACCGCUUAUGCCUGCCACGUUUAUUGAAUUUGGUUGAGUGCCGAGUUAUAGAGGACUUAACAAUGAUUUCACAAAAUGAAACGAAUGAGACAGUGGACCAUUGCCUUAAACUUUUGGAACCCGUGAAACUCUACAAUGCGCAUCAAUUGGCCGAAUGGUGCAUGUCGUAUUUGUGUGUCAACUACAACAUCAUCUGCAAAUAUUCUAUUAAAGGCUUGAGGGCUUUGCACCAAGAGAACCAGGAGUAUUUGCGUGAACAUCGUUGGCCACCUGUAUGGUAUUUAAAAGAUUAUGAUUACUAUCAGCGAUGCAUUAAUGAAAUGAACAAGGAGAUAAAAAAUUCUCGUCGGGAAUCGCGGAGCGAUGAUGAGGGCUGCCUAUGCUUUAGUGGAGUAAUCUCUUGGAUGCUAGGAAAAUCAAAACAGCAACGGAUGUCUUCAGGCAACGGAAGCGAGACGACGAAUGACACUCAAAUUUUUAAUAGCUCUGGAAUCUCGAUGAACCACAUUGACUUGGAAGCCGACAUGGACUUGAAUCUCUGACACCCAGCACUGGGGCAUAGACGAUCGUUCCGAUUCAUCGUCAUAUUGCCCGUAUUGAUAUGCUUCAUUUGUACCAUACUGAGCAUAUUAAUUUUAUUUCAAAUAUACACGUAACGCUGGGAAGUUGUCAAAAAACAGAUUCUUGACGAACCAUUAGCGAGAGCAUGGAAUUCGAAAUUCGUCUGAAAAGCGAAAUUGGACCACUUAUGCAAUCGAAUAGCUGAGGAUAACGAACGCAUCUAAACAAUACUUUCAAUGUUAAUCAUCUAUUGUAUGAGAAAAAGGCAACGCAUUUUAACCUGCUUCAAAUAUUAAAUUGCGAAAUAGGGAACUUCUGUCUAGCCAUUAGCCAUUAGCUUUAAGCAUUUACAAUAAGUUAUUUAGAUGUAAGUAGACACACACACACACACACACACAUACACACACAAUCACAAGCACAUACACAUACCAACACUAUUCGUUUAUUUCUUUGCAAGAAUCAUUUAUACCCAUUCAGUUCUCUCAUAAAAGAGAAGCUCCUGACUGAACGUAUUAUGUACAUAAGUCACAAGUCUCUCCUCAAUUGCGAUUAUUGUGCAUUUGUUUUGCAAAUUAAAUCCGAACUCUAGUACGGUGUUGAAACAUUGUGGAUAUUUGCUAGUAGUCUCUAUUCAACUAUAUCACGUAACACAAUAUAACACAUGUAAAUACGUUUUUUAAUAAUGCUACAAUACAAUAAAACAUUACCGAAACAAUCGAACAGAACUGUCA